AUGAGAACCAGUUUAUUCCGGAUGACACCUGGUCUACUAAACUACAACUGCACCCGAUAUAAAGGGCAUGAGAUCAAAUAUAAGCCUUACGUGCCCCCACCAGUUAUGGACCAUGAUCAUAAAAAUAUGGCCUUGAAAAGACCCAUGUCACCUCAUCUGACGGUGUACGCCCCAACCGUACCAUCAAUGACGUCGGUAACCCAAAGAGCUACAGAUAUAAUCCGCAAGGCAGCUUGUGGCGAGCUAUUGGGCAGUGGCGACCCCACGGACCUGACUCCCGGGAUGUGUCUUGUUCUUCUCUCUCCGAUUUUGCCUCAGGUGCAGUAUUUCACAGUUAGGUUCGGUCCGGCGCGCGGCCUCGGCCUGGAGCAGGAAAAGGAACAGGAGUGUUUUAGUCAGUAA